AUGUUGAAAGACAGUGUAUUAAGAAAGGAUGAUUGGAUGAAACUUGCUGAAACAUAUGAGAUUGAGUAUCGACGUAGUCAAAGAAAGUCUGAAAUUAAAAAUGCAGUAUUAACUGAGCUUGUAAAUGAAGAGGUGCUACCGAAGGGGGCACUGACUUUGCGUUCAUUUGACCCCAGAGAAACUGUAGAGAUAAGAAAGUUAGAAAUGGAGCAUGGAAGGCUAGAACGAGAAAAGGAUAAGUUGCAUGAGUUGGCUUUGAAGGAAAGAGAAGAAAGGGAAAGAGAGCGUGAAAGACAGCAUGAAUUAGCGUUAGCACAGGUUAGCAGUAGAAGACCAGACUUACAGGCAUUGUCUUUAGUAUCUGAGACAAAAUUGUUUGAUGUGACAAAACAUUUGAGACUUGUGCCUGCUUUUGACGAGGAGGAUCCAGAAGAGUUUUUCAUGCAGUUUGAGAAGAUUGCAAAGUCUUUUCAGUGGCCUGAAGAGUCGUGCUAUGAUUCAAAAUUCGGUAUUCUGAGCGGCCCUUCCACUGCAUUACCAUUAAUCCCUGCCCUGCCCUGUCAGACAGUGAUGUAUGUGACGUCUCUACUAGGACUCUUCAUAGUAUUAGCGUCCUCCGGUGUGGCAAGGCUGCCUCGCCUUCAGGACAGACCUUUAAUAGCUGCGGUGGAGGAUGUGUUGGCCUCAGUCACUGAUCCUUACUGCUUCCUUGUAUUCAUCACGGACGGCAGUACCUGGCCCAUCGCUCUUUAUAAGGGCAUACAUCAUUACCACGCCCCUUGGGGUGUGGGAGCGUUCGAGGUGGUAGUGGACGGCCAGAACGCUAACGUGACACAGGCGCAACUCUCCUGGGUGGUCGACGAGGCUCGGCGGCUGCGGCAGGUGUCAUGGUGCGUGACGGUGGUGGUGGUGAGCGACGACCCAGCCUUCCUCGUCACCUUCGCUGAGUUAUCUGUUAAGGGCCGCCUCCUGGUGUGGUCGUCGAGGCUUCUCAUUGUCACCCGCCCUUUUCUCCUAGAGCUGCAAGGUCUCCAUAAGUUACUCUCCCUUAAUAACGCCAUGUUGCUCAUCAUGGAUGAAUCUUCAACUUCUCGCCAGUCUACUGUUUACAUUCACUUACCUUUCACAACCCAUGAGGCAGAGCCACUGAAGGUUGCCAUCUGGACGCCCCACCAAGGCCUCACCCUGACCACCAACCUCCCGCUCUUCCCUGACAAGUUCUUCACAUUUCCUCACCGGCCGAAUCUUAAGGUAGCGAUAUUGGGCCUACCAAGUCAGCAUUCCGUGAUGGUUGAUGACCCCAGCGCCCCAGAAAGGAAACGACUCAAUAUCAUUGAACCGCCAGCCGAGUUGCUGGGAAGGUUAUCAAAAAUUCACAAUUUUACGUUCACGUUUAUACGACCUAAGGAUAGGAUCAUCGGUUCUCAGCAUCCCAAUGGAACUUGGAAUGGCUUGAUUGGUAUGUUGCUGAGAGGGGAAGUGGAUAUGAGUAUUGGCCCCUUUGCCAUUACUUACAGCCGUUUCCAAGCGGUGGAGUUCACCUGGCCAGUAUGGAUCGACACAAUAACCAUCUUGGCUCGUCGAGGAGUACCUGAGAUUGACCCUUGGGGAUUCCUAUUUCCCCUGGCGUCGCUGGUGUGGGUGGCCAUCUUGACAGUGUUGGUGGUAAUGUCUACAACAAUAUUCCUUUGUUCUUCUUGUUUACCUCAGAAGCCCUUAAGUGUAAACAGAUGGCUGGAAGACACUGAAAGUUACAUCCGGGUGUUAUUACAACAAGAUAUUACAGAGCCUCGGGACUGGUGGUGGUGGGAGCGAUUGGUUUUCGUAGUGUGGAUGUUGAUGACGUUGGUGUUAACACGGAGCUACGCCGGCAACCUCAUGGCCCUCCUGGCCGUGAGACACAUCCCUGAGCCUUACCACAGUCUCCGGGCAGUACUAGAUGACCCUUCUGUAACCAUGACAUGGCAAGACGGAUCUGCACAUGUACAUUAUUAUCGUACUGCAACAGAAGGAAUUUUUCUUGAAGUUGCUGAGUCAGAAAGGGAAGGACGCACUCUAAUGCAAUCAUACCUCGAAUUAGCCACUACCGUCCCCGUACUGGUGAAACAGGGUGACCACGUCUUCAUAAAUGUACACGAAACUCAAAUAAGCCUAAUGAAAACUGACUACGCCAAAACAGGAGAGUGCAACUUGCUAAUUUCUAGAGAGAAGCUACCAUACUCCUUCGCCGCCUAUAUUACCGAGAGAAAACAGUCCAUUUCCCCUUGUAUAUGCCCCAACAUGGAUGCAGAAGAAGACAUCAAGGAGGCCUUUGAAGCUGACCUUGACAGAGUGCAGGACAACCCUCAAUCUCGGAUCAAAGCUGAUAUUCUCUGCAAGAAGAAAGUGGCGACCCAGAGCGAACUUCGCAAAAUACAGCAUGUGAAACACAAAACCUAG